UGUCUUUUUUGUCGAAACCAACACAUGUUCGUUUGAAAAGUCCUCGUAAAACGUGCUUCUGACAACGAAAUCCAGCAAAUGAGCCACGAAAAGUCCCCAAUUUGUACCAUGAAGCGUUCGGAUUUCUCGCGAAAAGUGAGCAAAAAGCUAAAAAAGAUGGCAAAACUCAAUCUCAUGCACAUUUUCAACGAAAAUGUCACAAAACCCUUCGCCAAUUGCAUGGGCCGCAACGAAAUCAUCGAAAUUCAUCGAAAUAAAAUCAAGGCUGAGUACCAUCAGAGUCCCGGAUUUCUCGGAACGAAUAAAAUGACACGAACAGGCGCCGGAAACAGCAUCCAAGUACGUCGUAUCGAGUUCUCAUCCAAAGAAUUCAGCCCAAACAAGCCAAGUUUGAGGGAACAAUUGAAAGAAUUCACGCAAAAACACAAUCCGAGCAGCGACAUGUUCGAAGAUAUGCUCCAAAUAAUGCAAAGUAACGGCGUAAAUGUACCAAAAAACAUCGACACAACCGUCGAAUCGCUCAAAAAAUACGAAAUAAUUCAAAUGUCCUUCGGUCAAUACCUGAAUUUUGGCAUAACGAAAAACGUGGAGUCCAUUAUCAAGACUCUGAUGAAGAAAAAAUCAAAAUUUUUGAAUAACACGGUGAAAGAACUCGUUCUCGACAUGGCAAUUUACAUGAUAAAAUCCAAACCUGAUGAAAAUAAUCAAAAACCGCCGCAUCAUUUGGUCAUUUUGGGUCGUUUGCCGUGCAUCAACAAUGCAGAUACCUUCGUCGUUGGGAUCUACAAGGGACAUUUUCCAACAUUACUCAUCGGAAAUCAAAUUUUAAAGCCUCUGAACGACGAAUUGGCUUUUUUGGAAAAAAAUGAAAUCCAAAUCGAAGCGAGAAAUUUCAAAAUUGAGAUUAAUUCGUUCAUUGUCGAUCCCGUAGCGAACAGUAUUGCGACAUGCACUGCCUUGCCAGAUAGUGUCAGUGGGUGUUCGAGAUGUAACAAGCCCGGUACUUUGCAAUUUACGUUGGGAAUCACGAGUUACCCGCCAAAUGUGGGGUUUUAUCGGUACGAUGAGGAUUUCAAGUGUUGCGUGCUGAAUGGGCAUCAUAUAGGCAUUCCGAUAAUGAAUGAACGGAGUUUUGGACUGAAAUCGCGUUUUGUCGUCGAUUACAAGUAUCUCGUGUGCGAAGGAGUUCUCAAGCAAAUGAUGAAGUUGUGGAUGAAAGGAAGACUGGAUUACAGGUUGAACAAUAAAUCUUUAAGAAAAAUGUCGGCAGAGCUUCUGUUGAUAGGAAAAAGUAUCCCUAAAGAAUUUCGGCACAAACCAAAAACGAUGGAUGAGUUAGAUGACUGGACCAGUUACGAUUGGCGGCAAUUUUUGUUCUACUAUGGACCUGUCGUGCUCAAAAAUCGCCUCUCGCCCGUUUAUUACAAACAUUUUUUGUAUCUCCAUCUCGGGAUGCGACUUUCCUGCAGCUUAACCGACUUCCGAGAAUGCGGCGCUUUCAUUGCGGGACAACUUUUGCAAUAUUUUGUCACGGAAUUUUGUCGAAUUUACUCCACAGAGCUCGUAGACUAUAAUAUCCACAAUUUGUUACAUAUCGAGGACUUUGUGCACUUUCGCGGCGCUUUGGAUAAAGUUUGUGGCUUCAAGUUCGACAAGCAAUACGAGCUCCUGGAACGACUUAUAAAGGAGGAUUAUGACAUUUGUCUUCAAAGUUUGGAGAAACAUGUCGCGGAAAAUACCAAAAAUUGCCUCGAAAACGAAUUAAAUGAUCCGGAAUUAAAUUUUCCGCGUUUGACGUCGAAUGGGAGUCUCGUAAUUGAGAAUAAUCACACAAUAACGAUCGCUGAACCGGAUAAUCAUGUGUUUCUCAAGGACAUGUCGGUGUUCAAGGUUGAGCAAAUUUUCAAAGAAGACGAUGGAGAAGUUGUACUAAUUGGAAGAUCGUAUGAAAAAACGAAAGAACAGUUCGCAGCAUCGACCGGAUGUCAAAAAAUGUUGAAAAUUUGGGAGUUGUCGGACAUAAAAACGCUCAAAAUUAAAGAAAUUCUCGUAAAAGCUUUUACGGUUAACACGACUGAGGGUUUAAUGGCCUUGCCUUUAUUAAGUUUUUAAGUUUUUUUUUAAGUUUUAGAACUUUUUGUGAUAAAAAAAAUUUCUGUUUUUUUAAAUAAUAAAAU